AUGGAGCAGGUGUCCACCAUGGCUGAGCCCCGGGGCCCUGUAGACCACGGAGUCCAGAUUCGCUUCAUCACAGAGCCAGGGUGUGAUGCAGAGAUGGGCACCCUACAUCGUGGUGGACGACGCCCAGCUAAGGAUGCAAGAGCCAAUACCUAUGGGGUUGCCGUGCGUGUGCAGGGCAUCGCUGGGCAGCCCUUCGUGGUGCUCAACAGUGGAGAGAAAGGUGGCGACUCCUUUGGAGUCCAGAUCAAGGGGGCCAACAAUCGAGGGGCCCCAGGAGCUCUGAGCUCCGACUCAGAACUUCCCGAGAGCCCCUACUCUCAGGCCAAGGAGUUUCCUGCCCCCUCGCAGGGAAGCACAUCUGAUGAGGAGCCCGGGGCCCACUGGAAUGGAAGGCUACUGCGCUCCCAGUCCCAGGCCUCACUGACAGGCCCUGCCCCUAUGGGUCCAAGCAACAGGAGCACCAGCCUGCUGGAGCUAGCCCCCCAAGGAGCCUACCCGGGCAGCACCAUUGACACUGCCCCCCUGUCUUCGGUGGACUCCCUCAUCAACAAGUUUGACAGUCACCAUGGGGGCCAGGCCCGGGGCCGGACUGGCCGCCGCACGCGGAUGCUGCCCCCUGAACAGCGCAAGCGGAGCCAGAGCCUGGACAACCGGCUCCCACGGGACACCGCUGAGGAACGGGAGCGCUGGUCCCCCAACCGCUGGACCCCUAGCACAAAGCAUGACCAGCACGUGGGCAGCUUGAAACAGUCAGCCCAGAGCUGUCUUGGUGGCUUUAGCCGUUCCCGUCAGACCCAGGACUGGGUCCUUCAAAGUUUUGAGGAGCCACGGGGGAGAGCACAGGACCCUCCCAUGCUACAGUUCAAAUCAACUCCAGACCUUCUCCGAGACCAGCAGGAGGCAGUCCCACCAGGCGGUGUGGACCACGUGAAGGCCACCAUCUACGGCGUCCUGAGAGAGGGAAGCUCAGAAAGUGAAACCUCUGUGAGGAGGAAGGUCAGUUUGGUGCUGGAGCAGAUGCAGCCUCUGGUGAUGGCUUCUUCUGGUUCCACUAAGGCAGGGCAGGGCGAACUCACCCAAAAAGUGGAGGAGCUACAGAAAAAGCUGGAUGAAGAAGUGAAGAAACGGCAGAAGCUAGAGCCAUUCCGUGUUGGGCUGGAGCGGCAGCUAGAGGAGAAGGCAGAAGAGUGCAGCCGACUGCAGGAGCUGCUGGAGAGGAGGAAUGGGGAAGCCCAGCAGAGCACCAAGGAGCUCCAGAACAUGAAGCUCCUCCUGGACCAGGGUGAAAGGGUACGGCAUGGGCUGGAGAUGCAGGUGAUGGAGCUGCAGGACAAGCUGAAACAGGCCCAGGGUCCUGAGCCUGCUAAAGAGGUGCUAAUGAAGGACCUGGUAGAGACCCGGGAGCUUCUGGAAGAGGUCUUAGAGGGGAAGCAGCGGGUAGAGGAGCAGCUGAGGCUGCGGGAGCGGGAGCUGACAGCACUGAAGGGCGCCCUGAAGGAGGAGGUGGCCUCCCGCGACCAGGAGGUAGAGCACAUGCGGCAGCAGUACCAGCGGGACGCAGAGCAGCUUCGCCGGAGUGUGCAGGAUGCAACCCAGGAUCACGCAGCAUUGGAGGCUGAGAGGCAGAAGAUGUCAGUCCUGGUGCGGGGGCUGCAGAGGGAGCUGGAGGAGACCUCGGAGGAGACAGGGCAUUGGCAGAACUUGUUUCAGAAGAACAAGGAGGAACUUAGAGCCACCAAGCAAGAACUCCUGCAGCUGCGGAUGGAGAAGGAGGAGAUGGAAGAGGAACUUGGGGAGAAGAUAGAGGUCUUGCAGAGGGAAUUAGGGCAGGCCCGGGCUGGUGCUGGAGAUACUCGCCAGGUGGAGGAGCUCAAGAAGGAGCUGCGCCGGACACAGGAGGAACUUAAGGAGGUGCAGGCAGAGCAACAGAGCCAAGAGGUGACUGGGCGACACCGGGAGCGGGAGUUGGAGAAGCAGCUGAGGGUAGAGGCUGAACGAGUCCGGGGGCUGGAACAGCAGAACCUCCAGCUACAAAAGACCCUCCAGCAACUGAGACAAGACUGUGAAGAGGCUUCCAAGGCUCAGAUGGCAGCAGAGGCAGAAGUGGCAGUGCUGGGGCAGCGUCGGACAGCAGUGGAAACGACGCUUCGGGAGACCCAGGAGGAAAAUGAUGAAUUCCGAAGGCGCAUCCUGGGUCUGGAGCAGCAGCUGAAGGAGGCACGAGGCUUGGCGGAGGGUGGGGAAGUGGCGGAGGCUCGGCUUCGGGACAAGGUGCAGCGGUUAGAGGCAGAGAAACAGCGGCUAGAGGAGGCCCUGAACACAGCUCAGGAAGAGGAGGGGAGCCUGGCAGCAGCCAAGCGGGCACUGGAGGCACGGCUGGAAGAGGCCCAGCGGGGGCUGGCCCGCCUGGGACAGGAGCAGCAGGCUCUGAACCGGGCCCUGGAGGAGGAGGGGAAGCAGCGGGAAGCGCUCCGGCGCAGCAAGGCUGAGCUGGAGGAGCAGAAGCGCUUGCUGGACAGGACUGUGGACCGGCUGAACAAGGAGCUGGAGCAGAUUGGGGAUGACUCUAAGCAAGCCCUGCAGCAGCUCCAGGCCCAGCUGGAGGAUUACAAGGAAAAGGCCCGGCGGGAGGUGGCGGAUGCCCAGCGCCAGGCCAAGGAGUGGGCCAGUGAGGCUGAGAAGACCGCUGGAGGGCUAAGCCGGCUUCAGGAUGAGACUCAGAGGCUGCGGCAGGGCCUGCAGGCAUCCCAGGCUGAGCGGGACUCUGCCCGGCUGGACAAAGAGCUGCUGGUCCAGAGACUGCAGGGGCUGGAGCAAGAAGCAGAGAACAAAAAACGCUCCCAGGAUGACAGGAGCCGUCAGCUCAAGGGCCUUGAGGAAAAAGUCUCACGGCUGGAGGUGGAGUUAGAUGAGGAGAGAAGCACUGUAGAGCUGCUGACGGAACGGAUGAAUCGUGGUCGGGACCAGGUGGACCAGCUGAGGACAGAGCUCAUGCAGGAGAGGUCUGCUCGGCAGGACCUGGAGUGUGACAAAAUCUCCUUGGAGAGACAGAACAAGGACUUGAAGAGCCGGCUGGCCAGCUCAGAAGGCUUCCAGAAGCCCAGCGCCAGCCUCUCUCAGCUUGAGUCCCAGAAUCGGGAGUUGCAGGAGCGGCUGCAGGCUGAAGAGAGGGAGAAGACAGUUCUACAGUCCACCAACCGAAAACUGGAGCGGAGAGUUAAAGAGCUGUCCAUCCAGAUUGAUGAUGAACGACAGCAUGUGAAUGACCAGAAAGACCAGCUAAGCCUGAGGGUGAAGGCUUUGAAGCGGCAGGUGGAUGAAGCCGAAGAGGAAAUUGAGCGACUGGAUGGCCUGAGGAAGAAGGCCCAGCGUGAGCUGGAGGAACAGCAUGAGGUCAAUGAACAGCUCCAGGCCCGGAUCAAAGUCCUGGAGAAGGACUCCUGGCGCAAAGCUUCCCGCUCAGCUGCUGAGUCAACUCUCCAACAUGAAGGGCUGAGCUCAGAUGAGGAAUUUGACAGCGUCUACGAUCCUUCCUCCAUCGCCUCACUGCUUACGGAGAGCAACCUGCAGACUAGCUCCUGUUAG